AGCAGGCAACACGAGGCUGCAACCUCACCGAGCAUUCUCAACAGCGUUCCCUUGUCCGCUCGGUCGCCGCAGAUCCGCCGCCGAUGGGCUGCCUGCUCGCCCUCACCGACGACCUCCUCGCGGAGGUCCUCGCCCGCGUACCAUCUCCAGCGGACCUCGCGCGCGCCUCCGCGUCCUGCGCCUCGCUCCGCCGCGUCGCCACCUCCGCGCGGUUCCUCCGCCAGUUCCGCUCCCUCCACGCGCCGCCCCCGCUCGGCGUCUUCUUCCCCGACGGCGCCGCCUUCUACCCGGCCCUCCCGCCGAACCCCACGGCCCCCGCCGCGCGCGCGCUCGCCCACGCCGCCGACUUCUCCUUCGCCUUCCUCCCGGCCCCCGCGCGCGCGUGGCUCGUCCGCGACCACCGCGACGGCCGCUUCCUCCUCGACCGCGCCGCGCCCGCCGGCUCCACGGCCUUCACCGAAAUCGCCGUCUGCGACCCGCUCUUCCGCCGCCACAUCCCGCUCCCGCCCAUCCCCGCCGACCUCGCCGCCUCCGUCGAGAACCCCUACCUCCAGCGCGGCGGGGACGAGGGGCUGCCGCACUCCCGCAGCAACGAGAUCUUCCUCGCUGCUCCCCGCCGCACUUCCGACAACGACAACAGCUCCUCGCCCCCCUUCGCCGUCAUCUGGAUGGCGUGCUGCCGGGGGAAGCUGGUGGCCUUCUCCUUCUCCUCCGAAUCUCAGCACUGGCACACCCUCUCACCACCCGUGCACCAGGCUCUGAGCAUGCGGAGAGUCAUGGGCGUUCGCCUGGGACAGCGCAACCACGCUCACGGCUGUUUCUACUGGAUGAUCACUCUCACGCGGAGGUGGCUCGUGCUGGACACCCGCAGAAUGGAGUUCUCCAUCCUCGACAUUUCGCCCGUCCUGCUAGGCCGCACCAUGAUGUUCAGCAACCAGAUCACCACCCUCGAGUCGGAACAAGGCAGGACUACCGUCGUGGUCUCGGACCUUUUCCGGGCGGAUAAGAGAUGCGUCCUGUACUUCUACACGUUCAUGUCCUUCACUGACCGGUGGCAGCUGCAGCACAAAAUCACAUUGCCUGAGGAAUGGGGGGACCGGUUUCGGGGCAUCAUAGGAGCAUUUGAGCAGCGCUUAUUCAUAAAGCUUGAUCACCCAAAGGAGAACUUGGGAGAUCCGGUUGAGCAGAAUGUCACCUACUUUUGGUUCGACGUCAAAACUAUGGAGGUUGGUAGGUUCACUGAGAUAAGUUCUGCUACCGUGAACGAAGCCUACCUUUACACUGGAUUUGCCCCGUCACUCUCGCUUCCUAGCAUCUGAUGUGGUUCUAUGUUGCUAGGGUUGAUCGAUCUCUUAUUGACACACAAAGUCCUACUGUAGACCGAUUUCUGGAUUCGCUGGCUCCUUGCAGCAGGAGAAGGGUACAUGAGUAAUGUGUCACACUUUAGUGCCUCGUUUUCUCAGGUACUAGUAUUCUUGUAUCACUUCAACUGUUAUGGGCAAUCGCUGAAGUCUUAGAAGCUGGGAGUAGAAGAGGAUUUGGAUGGAUCAUUUUAUGUUUUAUUCUUCAUACCAGCACUGAUGUGUCUGGACGUUAUUGUAGGAGUUUGGUCACAAGUAGAGACUGGUUGAGGCCAUUGUUCAUGGCUUCAUCAAUCUGGAUUCUGUCAGGUGUUCAUGCAUGCGAAUUUCAGCUCUAUGCAGUAGUUGUUACUUGCAGUUUUGCUUUCAACUAUUAGAUUUGCGGAGGUUCUAUGUUGUAUGUUGUGCUUUUGUUAAAUUGUGGUAUCAUAUGGUUUCCAGAUA